GACGUAUGUACUGUCUGUUGCAUUACAGAAUAAACGUCGGUUCGUGAUUUUGCUAAUGUUAGCUUUGCCUGACACUUUUCGAAAUGUAGAAUAAAGCUGUAAAAUAUUCAGAAAGUAUGUGCCGUUUCAGGACUUUUUAUUCAAAUUUGGGGACGUCCAGGAUUUAUGGUGGUUCAGAAUCUUUCAUUAAAAUGCACUCACGGACUAUCGACAAAAUAUUCAAAAUGAAUGGAACAGAAAAGUCACAACACCACAGUUUUAAUAAGUAAAGCUGCUUCAUCUGAUGCGGAUUGUGGUCCGUUUAAAUCUUGCGAGAGAUGCGGAGAAAGGGAAGAUUGUGUUUGGUGUGAUAAUGUCAAAUUAUGUAAAUACGUACCACAAGGUCAUUUGUUUUUCACCAGCAAGGAUUGUAAAUCAAAAUUUGGUAUGUGGUCGGGAGUGAGAUGGAGAUUCUGUACAUUUGAUUACAGGAUUGUAGCUAUAACGAUUGCAGCGGUAGUACUCGUAGUCAUUAUUCUACUAUGUUGCUGUCUUGUCAAAUUCUCCAGAUGUAUUUCUGAUUUUUUCUAUUAUUUGUGUUGCUGCUGCUGUUGUCCACAGGAUGAUUCGUCAAGAAGGGAGGAAAGGAGGUUGAAGCGUAUUGAAAUGCAAAUGGAAAUGCAAUCUAAGAGGCAAGAGUUGUUGUUAAAACUGGGGUUAAAAACAAAUACGCGAUAUGGAUCAACUCAAGGAUAUUCAAUAUUUGAAAAUACACCGGAAUAGCAAACUCUUUAUAUUUACUUUUGUGUAUAUUUGGAUAUAUCUAUUCAAGAACUACAACAUGCGUCUAGCAGAAUAUUUUAUAUUAAUAUUAUUAUGUUAUACAAAAUAUCUUCAAGCUGACAGAACUGCAAAACAAAUCAAUAAAGUAUAUUCUGAUGAACUGAGAUAUUCAAACGAGCAAAUAUAUUUACACGAAAGAACAAAAAGGAGUAAUCAAAACAAAAACCAACCCACCGCAGGUCACAACACAACAGUUUCAAUAAGUAAACCUGCUUCAUCUGAUGCGGAUUGUCGUCCGUUUAAAUCUUGCGAGAGAUGCGGGAAAAGAGAAGAUUGUGUGUGGUGUGAUAAUGUCAAAUUAUGUAAAUACGUACCACAGGGUCAUUUGUUUUUCACCAGCAAGGAAUGUAAAUCAAAACAUGGUAUGUGGUCGGGAGUGAGAUGGGGAUUCUGUACAUUUGAUUACAAAAUUGUAGCCAUAACGAUUGCAGCAGUAGUACUCGUAGUCCUUAUUCUACUAUGUUGCUGUCUUGUCAAAUUCUGCAGAUGUAUUUCUGAUUUUUUCUAUUAUUUGUGUUGCUGCUGCUGUUGUUCAAGUGAUGAUUCGUCAAGGAGAGAAGAGCGGAGGUUGAAGCGAAUUGAAAUGCAAAUGGAAAGACAAUCCAGGAGGCAAGAGUUGUUGUUAAAACUAGGUUUGAAAACGAAUACUCCUUAUGGAUCAACCCAGGGAUAUUCAAUAUUUGAAAAUACACCAAUAUAGCAGCCUCUUCAUAUUUACUUUUGUUUAUAUUUGGUAAUGAAAAAUGAUAUAACAGUAUUAUAUGAAAAUAAAUUAUUUGAAAGUCAGAAAUACAGUACUACUCAUU